AUGGAGAUUAAGUGUUUUAUCAAAUAAGAGAACAUUUAGUAUUUUUUUAGUGAGGGAUGCUAAAUAGAUUCUAAAUACAAGAAGAAGUAUGUACAAUACUUUAAAUUAGACUAGAGAAGAGGAAGGUUAAUAACUAUUAUAAAACAAAUAGCGAAAACAAUUUAAAUACAUAAUUGAAAGAGGGUAAUUAUUUAUCUGAAAUUAAAAAAUGA